AUGCUCGUUAAAGUGUGUGGUUUGCAAACCGUUGAAGCUGCAAAGACUGCUGUGGAUGAUGGUGCUGAUUACUUAGGUAUCAUUUGUGUUCCCGGUAGGAAAAGAACCAUUGACUCAUCUGUUGCGAAAGGUAUUUCAACUGCAGUUCACCAACAAGAGAACGUGAAAGGUACUAAACUAGUCGGGGUGUUUAGAAAUCAGUCCGUUGAUGAUGUCCUUCAACUGUACCACGAAUAUAAUCUAGAUGUGAUACAAUUACAUGGAGAUGAAGAUAUUAAAGAAUACAGAUCUUUGAUCCCAUCUUCAAUUCCAAUCAUUAAGAGGUUCCAGUUCCCACAGGAUUGUGAAUUACUACUGGACCUGUAUGAACACGUAGACAAUGUGCUGACGUUGUUCGAUUCUGGUGAAGGUGGCACUGGUGAGAAAUUGAAUUGGAGUGCAAUUUCCAGUUGGUCUGCAAGUCAUCCCGAGAUAAAAUUCAUUAUCGCUGGUGGAUUGAAUCCUGAUAACGUUUCUGUUGCCAUUAAUAUGUUACCAAAUGCGAUCGGUGUCGAUGUAAGUGGAGGAGUAGAGACUGAUGGUAUCAAGGAUUUAGAAAAGGUAAAGCUAUUCAUCCAGCAGGCCUCUCAAUAG